AUGAGAAGGCGUAUACGGUACGCCUCCCGGUAUCGGGAACUUGCCAAAAAGGUCAAAGAGCAUGUUCCUGAUGCGGAAGUCACCGGAGCCGAAGGAAGAAGCACCAGCUUUGAGAUCACUAUGAAUGACCAGUUGAUAUUCUCCAAGUUGGAAACAAAAGGCUUUCCUUAUGCUGAAGAUAUCAUCGAUGCGGCUCAGAAAGCCAGCCGUGGAGAAACCGUCUCUAAAAUCACCAAGAAGCAGAACUGUGUUGUGAUGUAGGAUGGUUGCUUCCUGAAAGUUAGAAAUAAUUCCUACAUUUUAAUCUGGGACCCGGUUCUUAGGAUGACUGUUUGCAUUUAAACCUGCAAUGCAAACAUGAAAAGAAACAAGAACCCUGUUCUCGAGGCAUUUAGAAUUCAGGAGUGCAUUUCUUGAGCUUUCUUUCUCUCAAGUACUGUAAUUCAGCAAGGUAGCUGUCAGUAAAAAAAAUUUAAAAACCCCCAAAAAAACAGAAUAAAAUAUGGUAUGUAAAUAUGGAUGGUAAAUAUGUAGCAGAAGGCAACUGUAUUGUAAAUACUGUUGCUUAUGAACAGGCAUAUUUUCUGUUGAAUUCAAAUAGUUAAUUUGAAGUAAACAUUCCCAGCUCAUAAAAAAGCACAUCAAGUUCAGGGUUUAAUACAAAUGAAUGAUUUCCUAAUAUGAAUUAGGUGGAAAAUCAAUGAGUGGUUAAUAACAUACACCUAAACUACUAAACCUUAUUAUUGUAGCAUGUUUCCUUCUGCAUUUGUAACAACUAAUAUACAACUAUUUCCCAUGCUUGUCUUAAUAGUAAUACUCUCUUUUUUUUCUUCUUUUUAAAAUGAAUUUGGUACUUGACAAUAAAAAAAAAAUAUACAACUUU